AUGUCACUGAAAGAAAAUGUUAGUACCAGCGGAGUGUCGCCCAGGAACAGGAAGGUUCUUAAGCGUAAGGUACAGCACAGGGAUGAUACUACAGCGGGUGGAAAUAAUAGUCAAUUCUUGAACCAUGCUUCACAUUUGAAGGCUGCUCAUAUGAACCAGAUGAGGAAGAGAAAAAGGGAUUUUUUCAAUAGAAUUAACUACAGCCAGACGCUAUCUGUGGUAGUCCUCCCGUUAUUUGCGUUGGUGUAUUUGUUCAAGUAUUGUCCAGGAUUUGUUCCUGAAAAUACGGCCACGUUGAUUUUCUCAUGUAUAUAUUAUAACUUCACGAUGUUGGCGUUCACGGCUGGAUACCAUAAGUGUUUUGCGCAUAAUGCGUUCAGGCCACAGUUCAUGUUUUUGCAGAUGUACUUUGCGGUUUUUGGGAGCAGUCUCGGGAUGGGGUCAAUUAAAUGGUGGGUAUCUUUACACAGAUCGCAUCACCAGUUCACAGAUGACACUGAAAGAGAUCCAUAUCUGAUCAAACGGGGGUUCACAUGGGCACAUUGGGGCUGGUUAAUUAAGAAACCAAAAAUAGUUACAUUUUACGAAGAGUUUAUGGAACACGAGUUUCCACAAGAAAUUCAGGCCAAGAAGGAUCACCUUGAAGCUAAACGAGCAUUGGUAAACGAAGUUGAUUUUGACGAGGAAUACUGUGACGAUGAGUUGGAGAUUUUGAAAAAUAAUUAUGAACUUAGUGUCCACGAGCUUAUUUUAUGGCAAAAUAGGUAUUACUUUCUAUUCUUCGUACUUUCCACAUUAGUUAUUCCUGUGGCGAUCACUGUUAUAAUUUGCAAAGAUACUUGGGUAAAUGGAAUAUUAUAUCCUGGUAUUCUUAGAAUGUUUUUAUGUCAACAACUGAUUUUAAGUACAGAAUCUGUAUGCCAUAUGAAAGGAUUAGGUGUAUCCAUCCCUAUGCAGCCCUUCAAUGAUAAGAAUUCCUCGCAAAACUGUAUGAAUCCUUUGAUUAGUUUGCUUACCUAUGGCCAGGGGCUGCAAAAUUUUCAUCAUGAAUUUCCCCAUGAUUAUCGCUGUGCACCAUCGCUAUUCACAUUUGAUCCGACUAAGUGGUAUAUAUGGACUUUGUCCAAGUUUGGUUUUGUAAGCGAUCUUUGUACAACACCGAAAGACCUUAUUACCCAAUUAAGGAUACAGCAAAAGCAGGAAGUAAUCAAUAGAAUGAAAAGUCAAUUAAACUGGGGUACACCUAUUUCGAAGCUACCAUUAAUCAAACCAAAAGAUUUCAAGAAAAUCAGCUCUUCUGCGAGUCACAACAACAGAAUAUAUAUUGUCAUCCAAAAUAUCAUUCAUGAUAUUACCUCGUUCAUGGACCAACAUCCCGGUGGGGUGCCAUUAUUAAAAGCUUCCCAUGGUAAGGAUGCAACUAAGGCAUUUUAUGGCGGUGUCUAUGGACAUCUGACUGCAGCUGCGAACUUAUUAGCUACCAUGAGAAUUGGUGUUCUCGAUGUUGGUAAUGAUGAAGAGGUCUGGAAGAGAGUGGUACGUGAAGAAGGUGAUGUCACUAAUGAAAACGAAAGACAUGAAAAUAAGCUGUACAGAUCGGCAGAGGCAGCUUGA